AUGGAUUCUCGUGGCGCUUUCACUGCCGAUACCUCGACCCCGGACUAUCCUGAUGACUCGCACUACGAGACUGGGGCGGAUGGCAGGAUCGAGAUGGCCCAGGAAGAGAUAGACGCGAUCAUCCGGAACAAGAGAAAAGUGCGAGAUCCAAAGGCUUGCUACGCUUGCCAUCGUCGAAAAGUCAAAUGUGACCGUAAUCUGCCGUGCGAUUCGUGCGUGAAACGAGACCACCCAGAGUUGUGUUCAUACGAACGGCCGACGAAAAAGCGUCGCAUCGCUCUGACAAGCACCGUGAACCAUACGGAUGGCGUGGUUCAAGACAAUCACGAUCCUCUGCUACAAAGCGGCCAAUAUGUCACUGUGCCACGCGAACAAUGGGAGCGUAUGAAUCGGGAAUUACAGCGUCUGCAUGGUCCAACAAAAACAGAGUCAACCUCUCCUGGCGUUAUGCAACCAGACAUGGACGAUGCCAACCUGCCCGGAACACAUAGUCGAUCGGACGACACCGACAGAGAAGGGAUCCAUGCGCCCAGUAACCAGAUGGGCAUGAUGCAUUUGGGCUCGAGGUCCGUCCUUGCCUACAUGAUGGCUCUGGGACGAAGUCAAACCACUCAAGAUACGGCACGGUCACUAUUGGAGGAAAACAUUCUUCCCAAGCUGGGCCUGGAUAAUGAGAGCGCCACAUAUCCAUUUGUUGAUCUGUGGAGUACCGCUUCUAGCAUGCAGGAUGUCAGCGGUCUGUGUAAGGCGAUUCCUGAUGAUGAACUUUGUAAAGAGUUCUUCGUGGCUUACCGAGACAUUGCUUAUACUAUGUAUCCGGUGGUGCCCGAUAAGGCGGGCUUCGAAGAAACUCUGAACUUCAUGCUCUCAAAUCGAGUGCGAGCCUUGCGCGACAACCUUGAACUCGAUCCAAACAAGCCAUACGGCGUCUCCUUACCCUGGCUGUCUCUGGUAUUUGCGGUAUUCGCGUCCGGGUCUCAGUCAUCGGACAGACCAGCAAAAGAGAGGGAGCUCACAUCGCAAGUUUAUGGCAAGUUCAAUUGCGGGUUGAGAAAAGCACCGUCUAACUCGGCUUAG